AUGAUUGUGGAAAAACAAACAUUUAUUGAAAGUUCUUUGGCAAUUAUGAAAUUUCUACAAUUUCUACUACAACAAUUGCUUUCUUUAAAAGUUACCAUGAGAAUCAGUGAUAAAACACCAGUAACAGCAGUAGAUCUAGGUUGCAGGGAUGCUCAAAUAGAGAAUGGAGAACAGAAUCAAGGCAGGUGUGUACAAUUAUUUACAAUGAAUCAAUUUGCUGUAAUAUUAUUGGUUAUUAUUAUAGAUAAGACGCAAAAAGAAGGACUUGGUAAUGUAUUGGAACAUGGAUCAGGAAUAUGCCAGCGUCCAAAAUUAGCACAACAAAAAGUCAUCAUUGAAAAUGCUGUUGUGGCUGCAACCAUAGAUAACGGAGCUGCUUCUAGUGUUGUUUCGAAGCUCCUACUUGAUGAAUUAGGAUAUGAAAUUGAACAAACUACUAACAAUACUCUUAUUAAAGCUGUAGGAAGUCUACCAAGACCAUUAGGAAAGAUUAAUUAUUUCUCCAUUUGUAUUGGAGCCUUUUACACUCCCAUCUCUUUUGAUACGACUGACGUUAAUAACAUCAAUUACUGCUGGGUUGAAGAAGAGGAGUAUUGUGGUCCAACUACUGAAAAUGAUGAAGAAGGAGGAGAAAAAAUUGAAGAAGGAAGUGUACGAGUUAAUUUAAAUGUUGGCCCAUUAACUACUCCUCAGAAAGAGAAGUUUUAUAAACUAGUUGAAGAAUGUCAAGAUAUUUUUGCAAGAGAUGAAUCAUAG